CAUUAAAAUCCGUUGUUCCCUUCUUGAGUUAUCCUCUUCAGAAGUUUUUGACAAAAAUGCCCCUGCUAUUUUAAAACUAGUUUCUAGGGGCGCUGCAGUACCAAGAGAAGCCGCUAGGGGGCCCAAAAUCUAAUCAUUUCCAGCUUUCAUCACACCCUAUCAACACAUCAAAUAUGAAACCUAUCCACCCAGCCGUUCUUGAGUUAUCUUGUCUACACACAGACACACAGACAAACGCAGGGUAAAAUAUAACCUCCAUAGCAUUUCAUGGAGGUAAUAAUGAUGUUGAUAUCGACAUCGUCUAUAUUCUUUAAAAGGGCCAUUAUUUUCUCCCCAUACGGUUUUACAAUGGUUGAUGCCGUAUCCACUUUCCACUUCCUGUGGAGGUCAAGCUAGGUCACUGGCCAGAUGGCUACUGACCUAUAUGGCCUGCCAGGCAGUGCUGCAGAACUGUCAGGACAGGAAACACAUGUCAGUUGUGAUUUUCCUUUCUGCACCAAGGAGUUUACAUUUCAGUCCAGGAGACAACCGUACGCGCAUUUAGAAGCAACAACUUCUGUGGAGAACGUGCGAGCACGGAAUCAAUUGAUCAAGUGAAAGUCUUGUGAUUCUACAGGCGACUGUGUAUCAACUAAGUUACAGGUGAAAGUAUGCCUCGCUUAAAGUCUAGAAGUACAAAGCAGAGAGGGAAGCUGAUAGCUGCCCUGAUGAAAAAACAAAGGGUACAACAGACACUCGAGGCUGCAGAGAGAAGGCGUCAAUGUGACAGGACUGGCAAGAAAAGAAAAAGAGCACAAGAGACACACGAGGCUGCAGAGAGAAGGCGCAGAUGUGACAGGACUGGCAAGAAAAGAAAAAGAGCACAAGAGACACACAAGGUGACAGAGAGAAGGCGUCAGUUCAACAGAACGUCCAUGAAAGUACGAAGGGCAGAAGAGACACACGAGGCUGCAGAGAGAAGGCGUCAUUGUGACAGGACUGGCAAGAAAAGAAAAAGAGCACAAGAGAUACACGAGGUGACAGAGAGAAGGCGUCAGUUCAACAGAACGUCCAUGAAAGUACGAAGGGCAGAAGAGACACACGAGGCUGCAGAGAGAAGGCGUCAAUGUGACAGGACUGGCAAGAAAAGAAAAAGAGCACAAGAGACAUACGAGGCUGCUGAAAGAAGGCAUGCAACUACGAGAAAUCAAAUGAAUGAAGUUAGAAAAAGGAGACAAGAAGACUGUUUCGCUUGCUUUAGGUUAAAAAUAGCUGAAGGACCAAUUUACAGUUGCAUAUCAUGCUACCGACUGCUUUAUAGAGAAACAGUCAUGGAAAUGAAAGCUGGCAACUACUCAGCCAAUAAAACAACAAAAAAGAUAUUAAAGAAUGCAUCUGUUUGUAAGCUGCAAACAAAUGGUAAGUCUUGGAUUUGUCAAACUUGCCAUAAAUCACUUAAAAAAGGAGAACUCCCUGUGCAGUCAUGGGAUAAUGGCCUAGACCUUGACCCAGUGCCACCUGAGCUGGAAGAUCUGAGGUCAUUAGAACUGAGGCUGAUAAGCCAACGAAUUCCAUUCAUGAAACUUGUAGGGUUACCGAAGGGAGGCCAGAAAUCCAUCCAUGGCAGUGCAGUAAACGUGCCGUCAAAAUUGCAGUCAGUGAUGUCUCUCCUGCCUAGGCUUCCAGCUACAGCUGAGGUGGUGCCAUUGAAGCUUAAAAGAAAAUUGAUCUACAAAGGACAUCAUAUGUACGAGUUUAUCCGUCCUAGCAGAGUGACAGAAGCAAUUAAAUGGCUUAAGCAAAACAAUCCUCUUUACAAGGACGUUGAUAUUUGCCCUGAUUGGCAAACUCAAUGGGCAAAUGAUGAUCCUGAGUUGUGGGAAGCAUUAGUCAACCCAUCUCAAUCUCAUGAGAAGACGGCCAACUUCGACAGAGAAGGAGGCCAAGACGAUGAAAUGGGCGUCAAUGAAGAUUCCCAAGCCGAAAGUACCACCACGCCGAUGGAAGAUGAAGAGGACAGAAUUGCCUUUGAGCAAACAAGUAAACUUAGAGGCAUACCUUAUGACACCCUCUUGCAAGAAGAGGAAGUCACUGAUGGGGACAAUAUCUACUCCCUCGCACCUGGAGAAAAUCAAACACCGUGCGCAUUCCUUACAGACGACAAAUUUGAAGAACUUGCUAAUCCUUCAAAGUACCCGUUCGGUCAUGGAGGACUAGGAGACGAUAAGCGACCGAGGAAAAAUAACGGCAAAAAGAUAUUUCAACCAGCGUCUCUUGCAUAA